GCCCCGAGGAGAAACAACACCAGUGAAAAGCGAGGCCUUACUUCCCCUCUCCCCAUCAAUCUCACUGUUCAUCGUUGUCGCCGUCGUCCACGCAUACAAACAUACACGUUCCUUCGCGCCUUUCUUCAGCACCAUGAAGUCCAUUGCAGCGCUCACUGCCUUUGUUGCCCUCGUUGCGGCCCAGUCCUCGUCCUCGUCCGCGGCUACCCCCACCUCGACUUCGAACCCUCUGAUCCCCUCUGGCAUCAGUCAAGGAUGUUCCAACUACCUUUCCAACCUUAACUCCAACUCGAGCUUCAGUGCUUGCACCGCGCCCAUCAUUUCUGCGACGUCUGCCUUUGCCCCUGGCAACACUACCGCGACCUCGUCUUCGGCUGUUGGGUCGGCUCUUACCGCGCUUUGCGCUGGCGAUGCCUUCUCCUCCUGCCCCGACAGCCUGAUUGGCAGUCAGCUCAGUGACUUCUAUGCCGCCUGCGAGUCCGAGCUCACCUCCGCUUCCAACACCGAUGUCCUCCGCACCUACGACGUCCUCUACGUCCUCACCCCUCUUCGUCAGGCCGUCUGCGCCAAGUCUGACAGCGGUAGCUACUGCGCCACCCAGAUGCCCUCGUCCUCGUCCGUCAACGUCGAUAUCGCCAUCGGCAGCGGCAAGUCUGACCUCCAGAACUACCUCUACGUGAACGCCCCCCUGAGCCGCCGUGACAACCCCGUGUCCGCGCUGAUCCCCAACACGACUACGUUCGCCAGCUCGAACCUCGUGUACCUCUUCCUGGAGCCCAUCAUGUCCAGCUCGGAUCUCUGCACGACCUGCACGCGCAACAUCCUCACCCCGUACAUCUCGUUCGAGAGCAACCGCCCGUACGCGCCAGGCCUCGCCAACUCGCCCCUCAUGAGCGGCCAGACCGACCUCUACAAUGCCGUGCAGAGCACUUGCGGCCAGAGCUUCCUCGGCGGCGCCGUCCAGGCCGCUGGUGGCAUCUCGUCUGGCAUUGGCGGUGGCUCCAACCACGCCGGCCGCAGUGCCACCCAGAACGUCGGCGCCGCCGUGGCUGCCAUCCUCGGCGCAUCCGCGCUCGCGCUCGCUCUCUAAACGAGCUGCAGCUGAUGGUGGCAUAGGUGCUCGUUAGAUAAAUCGUUUGUUGUUUGGGUUUCUUUCGCGGUUUGCUCAAAACAUGUUGACUCGCCUUGGUCCUUUUACUGCUUGCUUACUCACUGUUACCGCCUCCCUGUGCGGUUGUCCGUUCUUUGGUCGUUUGGUAUGAUUCACGAGAGCAGUGAUGAUGUGGUGUUUCUUAUAGAUUUUCUGUUACCCUUGUGGACCGUGCUUGUCGCAUAGCGUAGAGUAUGUUUGUUUUAUUACAUAUCAUACUGGCGCGCACGACGCACCCACAUACUUACUCAUAAUACCCGGGAUUGUGUCAAUAUUUAUGCGAUUGCAUAUUUACUGACGUUUGUGGUUGUAGGCGUAUGAAAGCCCUUCUCCAGGGCGUGUUCACCUCUUGCAUGAUGCAUGAUGAUGGCUCGAUCAGUGUUACAAGUGGACAAAAACUUGGUGUUGAU